AUGUUCCGCGCCACACUUCUCGUCCUCUUCUCGCUCUCCGCGCUCGCGCUCGCGUCGCCCUCCCGCCUCCCGCGCGACGGCCAGUGCAACGGCUCCACCCUGUGCUGCGACGGCGCAUCCUACCGCGCAGAUUCCCCCGAGGGUCUCGCGGUCAUCGCUUCGCACGGCUUCGACCACACAGACUACGCCUCCGACUCAAGUGUCCACACCUCGUGCGGCGACUUUGGACUCCUCGGCGGCAGCAGCUGCGCGCAGAGCCCCGUGUGCUGCGAGGGCAACAAUAUUGGCAACGUGAAUUCAGAGCGGUCGCUGACUCUCCUGGUGAUGUUUCAGGCUUCCUUGGCAUCGGUAUCGGUUGCAGCCCCAUCGUCCUCUAGGCCACGCGAUGCGCUGCAAGAUCAUCGUGUUCGGAUAUUAGGUGCCGCGGGUCCAAUCUUAUGGUCUGGUGAUCAUUUUGCCCGUGUCGUCGAAUAUCUUGACGAAGUACUCGAGCUUUUCGCCCAUGCUGUCGAGCAGGACUCGAGCUUUCCUUCCUCAGGCCGCAGUCGAUCGUAUUCAGCUCUCAACACCACGGCAGUUGUACAGAUGUUCACGAUGAUUCAGUUCCGUGUUCGUGAUACUUGA